AUGCUGAACGAAAUCUACAGAACAACGCGCUCAACGCGGCGCAACGCACUCGACAAGCUCGCCCAGCUGUCCGCGCAGAGUGCUGCCACGAACGACGAUGAUCGCGAUAUCAAGAGGCUAUGCGCGCUGGGGAGACCAUACGUGGGCAACGCGACGAACGGCUCCAUCGAUGGGUCUGCGAAAGAGCGAGAUACGUCCUCAGUCCCCAUGAGCGUUAGGGAGCUGGAGGUCUUGAUAGCACUGUGCAAGGCCGCACCUUUGGUUCAGACAACGAAGGAUGCGGAGAGUCUAUUGCACCAGUUGGCUUCAUAUGUCGCCGAAGCCCAUCGACAGGCGUUCGCGCCCUCGCCGCUGCACCAACAUCUUCCACCAUGGGAGACGCUCGCGUACGAUCUGACAACUGCGGUCUUGGCUCUAGGUCUCAACCAUCCGUCGUUGAGGCCUCAGGCAUGGGACUGCAUCGAGAACACGAUUGAGCAGUUGACCAGCGCCGCUGAAAAGACUGUUUGGCUCAAGCCUCUCGAAAAUGGAGAAACUAAUUUCAAGGUCGACGAUCAGACGCUGAAGGCUGUUCAGUUGAACGUGUCCCUUGUCGGAUUUUUCCAUGGCAUUGCUAAAUAUGUUGCAGUCUGGUCGCCGGAACAGCGUAGCGCUCUCAUCCCGCAGUUGCGCCGGAUACUGUCUGAGGAGUUCAUGGUUUCUCUCGAAGGAGCUCUGUCCGCAGUGAGAAACAGCAGCACUACUUCCCGCAGCGUCAAGGAAUGGAAACGAUGGACCCGGCACUACGCAGCCCAGGGUCAUCCACUGGGUGCUAUGAUCUUGCAGCAGGCUUUCAUGAGUGUGGUCGAGGAAAGCGUGCUUGCAUUGGUGCCUCUCCGCGAACCCCUACGUGGAACAGAACUCCUCGAUUUCCUGAUGCAACAACCAAACCUUACGUCUUUGCGGGCCAAGAAUGCCACUACCAGCUCCCAGAUUGGAGUCCUAGCGCAGACUAUCACGAACGAGAUGAGAUAUCUGGAAGCUGAUGCCGACUUCCUCAAACUUGGAGCACCCUGGCAGCAACGACUGGCACGAGAGGUCAAGUCUAGCGCUUUGCGAAGCUUUCUAUGCUGCUGCAUUCUGGAUGGUGGAGGCCCCAACGCCGAAGUGCUGCACGCGGAUGUCUUGAAAGAAUGGCUGGACGCUGUGAGCGCCGACCCUACCCAAAUGGUUGAUGAAGACCUCGCGCGGACCGUAUUGAAGUCAUCUGCCAUCCUCGCCAACGUCUCUGCAGCGAUCGCUUCAGAUCUUACGAGAUCCUUCCCACGUCUCAUCGUCCAGGGCAAGAUGACAGCACCAACCGCCGCCGUGGCCAGCGAGUGUCUUGCUAGGAUCCUGAAGAACUGCCCUCAAGACGUUGUUAUCAGCACGCUUUACAACCUUGGGAAUGUGCUUAGUACCACUUCCACCAACGAGUCGAACAGCAAGUCACCUCUCUUUGAUGGUGUACUAAACGCCAAUCAGCCGAGCGACAACUUCUCGUCUCAACAGCCUUUCGGCAGCGCCAUCUCUCUCGUAAUAAGCGACAGCGAUGAGGAACAGACCGCAUCGGUGUACGGGGCUACAGUACAAGCGAUUGUCGCCAUUGCUAUUGCACGUAGCGAAGUCCAGCUCACGGCCCUGGUUAUCUCCAUGCUGGUUCAGAAAAUCGGCAGGAUCAACCCAUUCGUGGACGCCAGAGUUAUUAUCGAGAUCUCGGCUUUGGGUCUCUGUGGUGGUGUGAAUGAGCUCAAGACGCUUCUGAGACUCUACGCUCGUGUCGGUGGCGAUGCGCUCGUGCAGAAUAACACCCUGCUCAUAUCCGCCGUCAACGAAGCACGAAUUCGCCUUGCCAGCUGGAUCAAGAAAGACUCGCCAUUCUAUGAACUCUACCUCACGCAUUUGCUUGGUCUUUGCGUGGCCAGCGGCGACACUGCGGGAGAUCGAACGGUUGAUGUAGCACUGGCAUCCAAAACCAUAUCUCAGCUCUUCCGGCCGAUGGCAGUGCUGGCGUCCACUGACAACGAGAAUCUACCCGCUAUCCAAGACGAAGAAGAACUCCGAAGCCUAGGACGGGACACAUGGUUCAACAUCGUCGUCCACGGCUUCACGCUCAAUUCAAAUGCCGCGAAGGAACAUCUCGAAGAUCUGCAGACCCUCGCACUGUACAGCCUCCCACUCAUCGACGAAGCCCGCGUCGACAUGCCCGAAAGCAGCAUCGACCUCAACCCCGUCCUCCGUCGCGGCUCAGGUCCCCAAAACCUCGUCAGCCAAAAGCAAUCCCUCAUUGCCGCCCUCCCACAAUGCGAAUCCGACAUCAAAAGCCUCAGCUACACCGAAUGCAACUUCCUCAACGCCUCCCUCCUCGUCUCCACCCUCCGCGCUCGAGGCGGCGACUGCACAGCCGUCCUUCCCUAUUUCCUCGAGAACAAAGUCAAGACCACCGGUCUGGGGAAUUGUAUCCUCGCCGUCGCCAGCCAUAGCGUCGACGCCUACCUUCAACGAUGCCUCUCCGGCAAACGACAGGACUUCGCCGCCCCACAGAUCGCCAUCCAACUCGCCACCCUCUUCGAAGGCUGCUGCCACCGCAUCGCUAAAGUCCAGAACGCAGCAACACUAGCAUGUGAUCGGAUCAUCGCCGCGAUCCCCUCUGCUCUCGCACAGACGGCUUCGAUCUUCGCCUUGUUGGAGUUGUUGACGCUCAUGUGGAAGGCUUGUCUGGAUACCGAGACGGACGAGUAUGCGUGGAAAUCGCAUUACAGUUCAUCAAAGGGGAACGUCUCGGUGCAACUCUCAGAUGAUGUCAAGUUCCGACAGCAGACGCUUGCGUCGUUCCAUCAACGCUGUCGAUCUUGGGUCGCGAGGGCGAUUGAGGUUGCGCCGUUGGAUGUGAAAGGGAUUCUACAGGCUUACCUGGAAGACUACGAAGACGAUGGGUCGUACGGACAUAUCGCACUUGGAAGGUCUUUUGCCGUGGAACUGGGCUCGAUCAUCCCGAGCAGUGAUCAGAGACUUACGAGUCUGGAUCGUCAGGGCGUGAACGUCAAUACGGCGUCCGACUUCAUCGCGCAGUAUACCACACGACAGGAAUACCGACACCUCGACGGACGACUUGCCUCUUCUGCGGCGGAUGAAGAAUGGGCUCUAGUCGACUACAGCGGCAAAGUCCAGCCCGCGCUCAUCGAAGACCGCACCUCCGAAGAACGCGAACAUCUCCACGCCCUGCGUACCCUCUCCCAGCGUCUCAAAGACUCCCCUUCCCAAAUCCCCUUCGAAACCAUCCGUACCACCCUCCGCACGGCCGCUGGCCUCCUCUCCCGCGGCGCUGAUGUCGCCCUCAUCCAGGACCUCGUCUCCAUUCCCUUCCUGCUCUUCACGAAACAGUCCAUCAAUCUAGGAAUCUCCCUCUGGCUCGGCGUCGUGAAAGAACGGCCAUCGCUCGAAUCCCGCGUUCUCUGCGAAGUGGCAUCUGGUUGGGAAGCGACCGUGCGGCAGAAGAAGGGUUUCUUCAAAAGCGAUUCUUACCACUGGGAUCCUUUCUAUGUCAAGGAGGAGUUCGCGCCGAGCAGCUGGGAGGCGAUCAAGAAGAGGGAACAAGCGACGGGGAAUCUGAUCGCCCCGCAUUUGAGACUGACGCAUUUCCUCAGCAGUCAUUUCUCCGCGAGCAGGUUGACGAGUCCGAGCGUCGAGAGGGUGUAUACCCGACUCAUGAGGGUGACGUUGCUGGCGAUGAAGAAAACCGUCCCGCAGCCGUUGGCCCGGGAGGUACAUUUCCACAUCCUGCUGCUCGCGCUGAAAGUCCUGCGGUUCUCGGUCAGGUUAGACGGCGCCGCGCAGUGGAGGUUCAAAGAUGCGAUUUUGUCCGCCGGGUUGAGCUGGUUUGCGACGCCGCCCAAGUGGUCGUAUGGGAGCAAUCGAUUGCAGGUGAAAGCGGAGGUGAAGCUGCUGAACGAUGUUGCAAAUUUGAUGAAGGCGCUCGCGGGGAUUGGGGCGAGGAGUUCGAGGACGCUGCCGGGCUUGCAGGCGAAGCAGGAACUUUUGGCUCAUUUGAUCAGUCAUGAGAUUGGGCGACUUACCGUUUGGAUUGGACCGCUCGGGCAGGAGUCGAGGAGUAUUCUAUCUGGACACCAUGAAGGGACUGGACAGGAGAUGGCGAUUGCGGGAUUCCUCAAGACGGCCUGGGAUGAGGAUCCGAGGAUUGCGGUGCAGUUGGUCACGCGCUUCCCGAAGUCGCAGAAGAUUGCGAGUGAAGUGAGGAGGUUUCUACUUCACAGGCCGGAGAAGGCGAUCCUGGAGCCGGAUGCGCUGUAUGUCCUGCUGGGAUCGGAGUUGCCUGCGGAUGUCAAGACGCAGCUGAAGUAUCUCCUCUACUGGGCCCCGAUCAACCCCAUGGCCGCCGUGACGUACUUCCUACCUUCGUACGGAAACCACCCGUCCAUCGUGCAGUAUGCCGUCCGCGCACUGGAAAGCCACUCGGUCGACGUGACGUUCUUCUACGUGCCGCAGAUUGUCCAAGCCUUGCGGUAUGAUGCUCUGGGAUACGUUGAGCGCUACAUCAUUGAGACGGCCACCUUCUCCCAGCUCUUUGCUCACCAGAUCAUCUGGAAUAUGAAGGCCAAUGCGUACAAGGAUGAGGACUCGACCGAGCCGGAUCCUGUCAAGCCGGUGUUGGAUCGUGUGAUGGAUGCUCUCAUCGGUAGCUUCCUGCCGGAGGAUAAGGAGUUCUAUGAGAGGGAGUUUGACUUCUUUGGCAAGGUCACGGGCAUCUCUGGCACGUUGAAGCCGUUCAUCAAGAAGCCGAAGCCGGAGAAGAAGGCGAAGAUUGAGGAGGAGCUUCGAAAGAUCCAGGUCGAUCCUGGUGUGUAUCUGCCCAGUAAUCCGGAUGGAGUGGUGAUUGGGAUUGACCGCAAGUCGGGCAAGCCGUUGCAGUCUCAUGCAAAGGCUCCGUUCAUGGCAACUUUCAGGAUCCGCAAGGAGGAGGGCGAGAAUGCGGAAGAACAGCUUGUUCGAGGCAACGCGGCCAAAAAGAGGUCGUAUGAGAUCUGGCAGUCGGCCAUCUUCAAGGUGGGAGACGAUUGUCGGCAGGAUAUCCUCGCCUUGCAGCUGAUUGCGGCUUUCCGUGGGAUCUUCAACAACGUCGGGCUGGAUGUGUACGUCUUCCCAUACCGGGUGACUGCCACGGCACCAGGUUGUGGUGUCAUCGAUGUGCUGCCAAACUCCAUCUCUCGAGACAUGCUGGGCCGUGAAGCUGUCAAUGGGCUGUAUGAGUAUUUCGUAUCCAAGUAUGGGUAUGAGGACUCGAUCCGGUUCCAGGAAGCUCGCAGCAACUUCAUCAAGAGCAUGGCGGCGUAUUCGAUCAUCUCGUACCUGCUCCAAUUCAAGGACAGACACAACGGCAACAUCAUGGUCGACGACGCCGGUCACAUCCUGCACAUCGACUUCGGUUUCUGCUUCGACAUUGCACCGGGCGGUGUCAAGUUUGAGCGAGCUCCGUUCAAGCUCACGCCGGAGAUGGUGGCCGUCAUGGGCGGGUCGAGUCAGUCGCAGCCCUUCAAAGCGUUUGAAGAGCUUUGCAUCAAAGCGUUCCUGGCGUCGCGGCAAUAUGUGGAGCAGCUGGCGCACAUAGUGCUGACGAUGUUGGAUUCAGGCCUGCCAUGCUUCAAGCCGACGACGAUCCAGCACUUCAAGGAGCGGUUCGUGCUGGAGAAGUCGGACAGAGAAGCGGCGGAUUUUGUGCGGAAGUUGGUGCAUUGGAGCGAGCGGAGCUACUCGACCGGCGUGUAUGACUACUACCAGCUGCUCACCAACGGGAUCCCGUACUAG